ACUCCAAACUUUUUACAAUUUUGCUCAAUGGUUUGAAACAAGGACCUCGCGGUAAUGUCCAUGUAUAAAAGGAAAAAGGCUGCUCGUGGCGGAAAGGAUAAAGAAGAAGCUGUGGAUGCUCAUACAGAUGUGGAUAAAUUGGUUAAUUUGACAGCCACUGUGAAGCCUCCAAAUCAUCUGGAGCUCUCUGAGACUGAGUUGAACGAGGAGUUUUGUAGAAUUCUGACAACAAGCAACCCGCAUGCUCCCAAAAAUGUUGUUUGCUUCAGCUUUAAGGAACGUUGCUAUAAGCCCCUCAGAUUUGUGGCUCAAACAGCUGUUCUCUUUAAUUUGGAGGGGAGCAUUGUUCACAAAGAUCAUAGCUACACUUUUGAGGAAGGAGGAGAAGGCAAAGAAGUUGUAGACGAGGAGAGACCAGACACUGCCGCCUCAAAACCCAAGAAAGAGGCAAAAGCUACAAAUCUAUUCUUCAUUGAAAGGGCAUCACAGACUCACAGAAAUGUUUCAAUGGAAAGAAGCUCUCAGACUGAGCCUCCUUCACGCAUCAACUUUUCUGCCACUGCAAAUCAAUGGAAAAUUUAUGACGCUUAUUUGGAGGAACUGCAGAAGCAAGAAAAAAAUAAAGAGAAGCAGAAAACCACACUAUUGAAAAAAGAUACUAGUGACAGCAAGAAGAAAGUGACACUGAUGGAGACCCGGAGGGAUGAUAUCUCUAAAGUGGAAAAGGUGGCCAAGAUCGUUGAACGAGCGAUCAACCGAGAUCUGAUGGAUGACAGAGCACUUAAGAUCUUUGGGGAUCACUCUCAUGAGUACAAAGACCAGGAGCUCUCCCUCUUCCCUCUGUGGAUGUUUCAGUACAACGCAGUCAGAAACUUGUCUGUCACUGCCCUCUGCUGGAAUAACAAAUACCUGGACCUGUUUGCCGUGGGAUUGCGAUCAUAUGAAUGCAGACAGGGAGAUGGUAUGGUUCUCUUCUUCUCCAUGAAGAACCCAACUGUUCCAGAGUACAUCUACUCCACACCCUCCGGGGUCUGUAGCCUCGACAUCCAUCCACACCACUCGUAUCUACUGGCAGUGGGCUUCUACGAUGGAUGCGUGGCCGUUUACAACUUGAAAAAGAAAGAACCGCACCCUGUUGACAGGAGUACGGUGAAGAAUGGCAAGCACACAGAGCCUGUCUGGCAGGUGCGCUGGCAGAAAGAUGAUAUGGAUGGCAACCAUAUUUUUUAUUCUGUGUCAGCUGAUAGCAGAGUGGUGUCCUGGACACUUGUCAAGCACAAGCUUAUUUCAACGGACAUUAUCAGACUGACGCUGAAAGGUGCUGCCUCUGAUGCACCACAUGCAGCACAGCGGUCCAACUUUUCUACUGGUAGGUCAAUGGACUUCAAUAAACAGAUUAAUAAUCUGUUUUUAGUUGGCACCGAGCAAGGGAAAAUUCAUAAGUGCUCGAAGAUUUACUCCAAUCUGUUCCUGGAGACUUAUGAGGCCCACAACAUGCCAGUGGAUACUGUGAAGUGGAACCACUUCCAUCCCAACAUCUUCAUUUCUUGCAGUUAUGACUGGACUGUUAAGUUGUGGGAGCACACCAUCAACACUCCACUGCUCACCAUUGAUCUUUAUGAACCUGUUGCGGAUGUUGCAUGGGCUCCUUACUCCUCCACUGUGUUUGCUGCUGCGACAAUAGAUGGAAAGGUUCACGUUUUUGACCUUAGUAUCAGCACAGAAGAGGCCAUCCACCAGCAGCAAGUGAUGGAAAAGGAGACCAAGCCGACACGCAUUGAGUUUAAUCCCAUCCAUCCCAUGAUUAUCGUGGGUGAUGACAAAGGGAAUGUUGCCAGCCUCAAAAUCAUCCCAAAUCCCCACGAGAAGCCUAAGGUGAAGAAGGACCAGGAGUUUGCCAACGGUCCAGAAGCAGAAGUAGCAAAGCUGGACAAGGUGGUCAACAAACUAUUGAUAUGGCUUGACAUAUAACGUGAUAUAGCUUAAUACAACUUACUGCAAUCAUUGCAGUCUUUUAUGGAUAUGUUGGAUCCAGGUUUGCACAAAUAAAAUAAA